AGCUGCAGCUGAUGGACCAGAGAGAGCGGAGAGGAGAGCGGCGCACCACCUACAUAACCCGACCAUCAAAGCUUCCCACCUCUCACAGUGCGAUCAGAGAGGAGAGGAGCGCUGACAUCCCAUACAUCGUCCGAUCAUUAUCCCCGAUCUCUGCAUGGAAAGUGGCCGGACGCACAACUUCUAUUGGACCUGUGCUGGAUCUCUCAUCGCCCUGCUGGGCUUUCUAGGGAUUAUUGGAGAGAGGAGUGUGAUCGCUGGUCGGACAGGGAUUGGGUCUACGGAAAUCGCCUGGACAUGGCAGUGUGGAGCGAGCGGUUUGUGAGCCAGAGCUCUUGUCCUGACUGCUGAAGGCAGCCAACGUCUCGGAGCGGAGAAGGCGUCAACGCCGUCUACUUAUUUAUUGUUUUUAAGCUCGCGGUUCACACCUGCACCAAUGCAAUUCAAACUGUUCCCCUUCGCCCUCAUCAUCCUGAACUGUGUGGAUUACAGCCAAUGCCAAGCCAACCGCUGGAGACGGAGCAAGAGAGCCAGCUAUGGAACAAAUCCAAUCUGCAAAGGUUGUCUGUCAUGUUCAAGAGACAAUGGCUGCAUCCGCUGCCAACCCAAACUGUUUUUCUUUCUGCGAAGAGAAGGGAUGAGACAGUACGGAGAGUGUUUACAUUCCUGUCCUCCCGGAUACUACGGACUAAGAGCACCUGACAUGAACAGAUGUUCCAGGUGCAGAAUCGAGAAUUGUGAUGCUUGUUUUAGUAGAGAUUUUUGCACAAAGUGCAAAGACGGUUAUUAUUCUCACAAAGGACGUUGUUUUAAGGAAUGUCCAGAGGGCUUUGCGCCUUUGGAUGAGAGUAUGGAAUGUGUAGAUGGAUGUGAGGUAGGCCCUUGGAGUGAAUGGGGAACAUGUAGUAGAAAUAACAGGACAUGUGGGUUCAAGUGGGGCCUGGAGACAAGGACACGACAGAUAGUGAAGAAGCCAGCAAAAGACACAAUUCCUUGCCCAACCAUCGCAGAGUCUAGAAGAUGUAAAAUGGCUCAAAGACACUGUCCAGGAGGUAAGAACAAAUUCUCAUUCUUAAUCUAAUACAUGGGUUGCUUU